CACGAGCUCCAGGCCCGGGGAGAGAGACCAAAGAACGGCCCAGGCUUCCCGAGUUGUGUCCGGAGGCCAAGCUGUACCCCGGGAAUGCUGGACCCACUUGCCACAAUCCCGUCAAGUUAAUCAGGAGCACGUCAGCAUGUUUACCUUCGUACGGGCAUUCGGAAUGCCAGGUCACCGUCAAUGGAGAGCUAGGGAGGGAGUUUGUAAAUACGCAGAAGAAACGACCCGUCUUUCAGAGGAGUCACUCUCUCGAAGGCCCUUGUCAGCCGCUCUCCAGUUAUCCUUCCAAACCUAAAUGUUACCGUUCAAAGGUAGGGAUCCCUCACAUACACAUUCACCUCGACCCAAGUUCGGAGCAAAAGAUUCUUAGUUCCCGAGAGCAAAUCAGUGGAGUCUACAGGAGGAAAGCUAUCGGAAGUCUUUGUGGCCAGGAUUACAAGACCAGGGAUGAUUUUCUGGGCCAAGUGGAUGUUCCCCUUCAAUACUUUCCGACUGAAAAUCCGGAUCUGGAGACUCCCUUCGCUUUCAGAGAUUUUCUCCUUCUUCCGAGAAGUUAUAAAUCAAGGGUCAAAGGGCACCUUCGACUAAAGAUGACCUACCUUCCCAACAGUAAUGGUGAAGAUGACAACACAGAGGAAUCCGAAGAAUCCGAGCCCAGCUGGGAAAUUCUGGACCAACAGGAUAUAAAUGUCCAUCAGCAACAACUCCCUCUACUGCCCUCUGGCUGGGAAGAGAAGCAAGAUAACCUGGGCAGGACUUAUUACGUAAACCAUGAAACCAGGACAACGCAGUGGAUUCGACCAAGUUCUCAGGACUGCGCAGCUGAUAUAAACCGUUGUCGGAAUAACAUUGACCUGGAAGCACAGCAUGCAUUCAGCACACGCAGACAGAUAUCAGAAGAAACAGAAACUCAAGAAAACCGAGAUUCCCCUGAUGGCUGGGAAAUCAUAACCGAAGAUGAAACUGCAUAUAACAACUGCAGCCCUCAGUCCCCGCCACCUCCCCAUACCCCCACAGGGCAGAACGCUUACUGCGAUGUCCAAGGCCAGCUUGCUGAGGAGCUUAACAGGAGGCUUCAGGCUUCUGGAUGCACAGCAGAUCGACGCAGCUCCUGCUCAAGUCAUUCCAGCAGACGGGGAAGUUCACAAACUAUCGUUGAAGAACAGCCCAUGUUGCCAGUCAUUUUACCCACUUCGGCGGGAUUGCCACCGGGCUGGGAAGAAAAGAAGGACGACAAAGCGAGAACUUACUACGUCAAUCACAACAACCGAACCACCACGUGGACGCGGCCCGUGAUGCAGACCACCACGGAGGCCGUACAGCCAAAGCUCUGCCUGAGUCCCACCGCUUACCUUCCUCCACAGUUCUCUCCUCAAGACUCUCCGCAAAGCUCCCCCAGCCACAAAAGGAAAUACGAGUCGGGCUUCCUCCCCCCAGGCUGGGAAGUCCGGUACGCUCCCAACGGUCGAUCCUUCUUCAUCGAUCACAACACCAAAACGACCUCCUGGGAUGAUCCACGAUUGAAAAUUCCAGCUCAUAUGAGACAUCGACCAUCUCUAGACCCCUCAGACCUUGGACCACUUCCUCCUGGAUGGGAAGAGAGGAUUCACUUAGAUGGCAGAGUUUUCUAUAUCGACCACAAUACCAAAGCUACCCAGUGGGAGGACCCUCGUUUACAGAAUGUAGCAAUCACCGGACCUGCUGUGCCUUAUUCAAGAGAUUACAAACAGAAGUAUGAUUACUUCAGGAAAAAGUUGAGGAAGCCAAUUGAAGUUCCAAAUCGUUUCGAAAUGAAGCUAAGACGUAACACCAUCUUAGAGGAUUCCUACAGGAAAAUAAUGUCCGUGAAGAGGGCAGAUUUCCUGAAAGCUAGGCUGUGGAUCGAGUUUGAUUCGGAAAAAGGUCUGGAUUACGGCGGGCUGGCCAGGGAAUGGUUCUUCCUCCUCUCCAAGGAGAUGUUCAACCCUUACUAUGGGCUGUUUGAGUAUUCUGCCACGGACAAUUACACUUUACAGAUCAAUCCAAACUCUGGCUUGUGCAACGAGGAUCAUUUGUCCUAUUUUAAGUUCAUUGGGCGCGCUGCUGGAAUGGCUGUUUACCAUGGGAAGCUGCUGGAUGGAUUCUUUAUCAGGCCCAUGUACAAGAUGAUGCUUCAGAAGGCAAUAACACUGAAAGACAUGGAAUCAGUGGACAGCGAGUAUUACAAUUCACUGAUGUGGAUUCUGGAAAAUGACCCUACAGACCUGGACCUCCGAUUCACGGUGGACGAGGAGCUUUUUGGUCAGACUCAACAGCAUGAACUGAAGCCUGGCGGAUCAGAAAUAUUAAUUACAAACAAAAACAAGAAGGAGUACAUUCACCUGGUGAUGCAGUGGAGGUUUGUCAACAGAAUCCAGAAGCAAAUGAAUUCAUUUCAAGAGGGCUUCUUCGAGUUGGUACCACAAGAUCUCAUCAAAAUAUUUGACGAGAAUGAGCUGGAGCUUCUCAUGUGCGGGCUUGGAGAUGUGGACGUGAAUGAUUGGAGACAGAACACAAAGUACAAAAAUGGCUAUGAAAUAAACCAUCCGGUCAUCCAGUGGUUUUGGAAGGCCGUGCUGUUGAUGGAUUCGGAGAAGCGUAUUAGGUUCCUGCAGUUUGUGACCGGCACGUCUCGAGUACCUAUGAAUGGAUUUGCCGAGCUCUAUGGAUCAAAUGGACCACAGCUAUUUACUAUAGAGCAAUGGGGGACCCCUGAGAAAUUGCCAAGAGCACACACAUGUUUCAACCGUCUGGAUCUGCCGCCUUACGAAUCGUUUGAAGAAUUGCGAGACAAGCUUCACGUGGCGAUCGAGAACGCAGAAGGGUUUGACGGAGUAGAUUAAGGUUGACCACAAACCGGCCGGUGUUAGGUUUACGGCGUCAGGCUGCAAAAAUGCACUGGAAAAAAAGAACACAAUAUUUAUUCGGUGAUCCGGAUGUGCAGCUUCAGGGUUGAACCUUACAUGCAGGAAGGAGCGAGUUAUCUUUAUUUUUAACAUACAUCACUAAACUAACAUUCUGGAUGUUCACUCACAUGAAUUCUCUGCGCUCCAUCCACCUAUAUAUAGUUGGUCUGGUGAGGGAUGCUUUGUGAGUUGUUUAACACGGGCUUCUUUUGGCCUGAUGGCUUCCUUCGUUAAGGUCUGUUGUGACAGCAGCUCUCAAAUAUGCAUCUGUUAAUUUUGUGGUUCCAAAUAACAUUGGCCGGGAGAAGAAAAUAAAUCCCUAGUCAGUCCAGUGAGCCUGAGCAAGUGUUCUUUUUUUGGCUGAGUCACGCUGAGAGGCUUGAUAAACAUGCGUCAUAUCCCCAGAAGCCCGAAAGCUGUGGAGGUUAAAGGGAGAGAACUGAUUGAGGUGUUUUCAAAGAGAAGAAUUCACAACUUGGAUGAGCAAUGACUCUUCCCUCUCGUAGAGGGACCCAAAACAAGGGGAUAUAGUCUUAAAUUUAUUUAGAGCUGAGAUGGUUAGAAAUGAAAUCAGAAGACAUUUUUUCACACGAGGAGUUGGGAGAAUGAGGCCGCAGGAGGCUUUCAAUGCAAAAUUGAUUGGGAUAUUCGAACGGUAAUUAGUUAAAUGGGAAGUAAGAUUAUUAUGGGAUACGGGGGGGGGGGGGGAAGAGGCGAAAAAAUGGGAUUGAAAGUUCUUAACUUGGCGUAACUGUCCAAAUGGCUUGAAAUUUCCCCCUUCCUUCCCACCCACUGAGUCAGAACAUUGCACCAGUGAUACUGUGCCACUUUAGUUCCAUAAUUAGUUUGGGAACCUGCUGGGUUUGGGGCGAAGCAUAGCAUAGAGUGUCCAGUACGUGUUUGAGCAUUUACGACGUGUUAAUGUCACGCGUUGGGGGUAAAGGCUCUUGCUAAUAGAACUUCAAUACAAGCUACUGAAAAGAUAACCCUGUUCAAUGCGGAGAGUAGAUAAUUAAAAUGUGAAUGUUUUGAUUGAGAGAAGGUGAAAUCACUGCGUGAAAUCUUGCCGCAAGUAAUGGAAUAUAAAGUAUGAAAAGUCGAUCCACCUUUGGAUUUCGGCUUUUCGUUGUCACACCCGUCUGCGAUCUGUAAGCUGUUCUCAUUUGUUGCAUCGCUCCCCAAAUAUAUUGCUGUUUGCACCUUCUGCAGGGGCUGGGGUGAGGGGAGUCUGCAAUUAUAAUUAUUGAAGCAAUUUUUUUUUAAAAAACUAAUUUUUCUACUGGAGCAUUAAUCGCACAUUUUAAACAUUUCAGAGAUUGUUACUUAAUACUUGGCAGUGGUCUUGAUUUUAGAAUAUGGCACUCGCAAACUCACCUAGCUGGGCAUCUGUCUGUGCUGGCGUGAGAUAAAAAGAAGGAAUGAGGCGGAGGGGGGGAGGCUGCUGAAUAUUUGCCAUUGCACCAUGUUAUUUUACACAGAGAACGACUGUGUAAAUAUUAUAAUGCACACUUCAACUUUUUACACAGUCCGCAGCAGUCACCUGUAAUAAUGUUUGAUUCAUUAAAAUUUACUUUCUGAUUGA